AUGCCUGGUAGCACGAAGAGCGACACCAAAUUAGAGAAUGAAAUUCGAGUAAGCUACAAGAGCGAUGCUCUAGAUUACGUCUACAAAGCAGUUGUCCUGUUUGAAACGCACGAUGACGUAAUUUUAUCCGGAGUCGGCAAGGCCAUCACCUCGGUGGUCAAUGUCGCGGAGAUGGUCAAGAGGAGGGCCAAAGGAAUACACCAGUGUACCAAGAUUUACGAAAAGGAGCACACCAUUAAGAGAGAAGACCCAGCUGCCGCAAAGAAGGAUGACAAAGAGGAGAAGGAGGAAGAUGAGGAGGAGAAAAAGGCCGGAGAAGAACCCGAAGAGGGUGAAGAAAAUGAUAAAAACAAUGAAACAGAAAAUAGAAUAAUUGAAUUCAAAACCACCGUACCUUGCAUAAAAAUCAUUUUAACAAAGAAUGAUACAAACGUGGACAAAAAGGAAGUAGGCUACCAAGCACCUAUAGAUGAAAAGGACGUAAAUGUCAUGACUCCUGAUCAAAUACUGAAGGAAAAGUCCUACAGACGAAAAUAUAGGACAGGUCGAGGCGGAGACAGAUUUAGAUCGUCCUACCGCAGGAAUUACUAUGACACGCCUAUGUGGAACAAUAGGAGAUUUGAAAAGAGAAAUUAA